AUACAAUCAGUGACAAAGACUCAGAGAAGAAGACCUCAAUGGACUCCUCCUGCAGCGUUGAACCCAUCCAGACAGACCUGAAGAUGAACAUUCAGAAAAUUCUAGAAAAAUCCUUGUCACAAUCCUUGGAAUGCAGAGUCGUGACCGUGAACGGGACCCUGGAGGACUCAGCCCUUUCUUCAAGGGUCAAAAAGCCAAGUGUCCCUUGUUUCACCGCUCACCCCGUGGUAGAAGGAAACAGCCACACGGAGAGCAUGGUUCCCCUCUUCUCUUUCCUAGAAGGACCAGACUACAGAGCAGAGUUCGGUGUUCUUUACGGACUGGCCUCAGACGCCAUCGUCAAGUCCACCUUCUCAGGUCACUCUGAUGAGGACGAGCUGGUUGCCUUCCUAGGCGCUGCAAGGGAAACAGCCAGGAAGAAGAGACUGUUUUGGUCUCAGACUCGUUUGUGUUUCCUGUUGGGUAAGCUCUGUGCUGGGAGGUCAAAGUUCAGCCAGGCCAGGGUUUAUUUAGAGGAAGCCCUCAGUGUGCCAGGGAAAGGUUUCACGGACCUAAGGCUACUGGCAAGCAUCUAUUCCAACCUGGCAGCCAUUUAUCUCUUACAGAACAACUCGCAGAGCUUCUUCGCUGUGAUGGAGAGACUUGUAGCUCUGCUGUUAGGAGUCCCAGACUGUUUGGAAAGCUUACAGGACGACUUUGCCCUGAAAUACAUGCUAAAGAAGGCCGUUCUCUCUCACAAUACCAAGGCAGAGGCACGGGCGGCUUAUCUUUUGGCAAAACACCACUGGACUCACUCCGAUGGGGCUCAGGUGAUCCCUUACCUGGAGAGACUUCUGGUUCUUGGUGCUGAGGCACAGAAAACGUGGAGUAUCUCUCCUAGUCAUGGAUUUCUGACCCUGGGGAGGCUCUACAGCCAGAUGGGACUGCCACACCUCUCUGUUUGCUCAGCCAGGAGAGCGUGUAUGCAGCCAUCCUCUCUGCUCACUGACUGUCUGAGCAGCAUGCUGCUGGCUUUAGACAACAUCUCCAGACUACGUGAGACCACGGAACAGGAAACUUCCAUCCCAGCUCAGAUGGCUCCAUAUCUACACCGAGCCCUCACAUCAACCACAGACCUUCAACCAGGCAGCAAGCAGCACCGCGCCCUCACCCAUCAGCUCACUGUUUGUCUAUGUCAGCUCUUCUGCAAGCACCGGAUGGUCGGACACGCCAUCAGUCACAUGCACAACAUCGUCAACAAACAGCAGCUCCCUGCCUCAGUCCCAGAGAGAAAUAGUGCCCUCAUCUGGUUAGCAUGGCUCCACAUCAACAACAACCAGCCGCAGGUGGCUCUGGAGAUCCUUGAAUCCCUGCUGGACUCGAUGCCAGAGCACUGCACCACCCCUCAGGAAGGUGUGGUCAUGAACAUGCGAGGUGUGGCACUGGGAUGUAUGGGUGACCUCCAGAGGGCAGCAGAGAGCUACAAGGCUGCUGUGGACACCUGUCAGGAGUAUGAGGACAUGGCGAACUGGGCUGUGGCUCAGGCUAACCUCGGGCUGCUGAGUCUGAGGGCCGGAUCUAAAAGUCUGGCUCAGACUCACCUGUUGGAGGCCGUACAGCUCUUCUCUGAGCUCCAGGAUGAAGACCACGCGGAGAACUUCAUUGCUGUACUGCUGGAGCUGGGGCAGCUCUACGUCGCCCAGCAGCAGGUGGAUUAUGGGAAAGGAUGCUACGAGUGGGCUCUCCUGCUAGCCAUCAACACUAACCUGUUGGACUGUCAGCUGGCUGCCACCUCAAAGCUGAUCCAUCUCUAUGGCUCGAAGAGUCCUGACCAGGUCCAGGGUCUGGUCUACAGUCAACACAUGGUCCACCUGCUGAGACGCAGGGGGGACAGAGGACAGGAAGGAGGCGCUCUGGAGGCGGUGAGCAGACUGUACCUGAGCCUAGGAACUCACAGGGCCUACAGGGCGGCUCUGGACCACACCAAGACCAGUCUGGGUAUUUUCAUUGACCUGGGCUGCAGAGAGAAGGAGGCACUGGGCUGGCUUCAGGCCGGGAACAUCUACCACCUACUGGAGCAGACUGAGCUGGUGGACCUGUAUGUUCAGGUGGCGCAGGAUGUCGCUCUGAGUACUGGAGACACCAAGUUCAUCCUGAAACUUCUAGAAGCUGCCGGAGACAUUUUCUUCAACAGCAGACGAGACCGAGACAAGGCCAUCCCCUUCUAUAGAGACCGAGCUCUGCCCAUCGCUGUAAAGAGCAGCAGCGUGUCGUGCCGACUGCGUCUGUGUAACAAGCUGACUGAGCUGAUGCUUGGUCUGGAGAUGUUUGCAGACGCCCUGGAGUUCGCUCAGAUGGCCCUCGACAUCAGCAUCACUCUGGGUGACUGCCUGAACGAGCGUGUGGCGUACCACCGCCUGGCAUCCCUCUACCACAGGCUGGACCAGUUUGAACUGGCUGAGCACCACUACCUGAAGACCCUGACCCUGUGUCCUACACCCCUGCUGUUUGAUGAGGAAACCCUGUACUAUGUAAGGGUGUACCAGACACUGGGAGACAUCAUCUUCUAUGACCUGAAGGACCCCUUUGACGCUGCAGGCUACUACCACCUGGCUCUGGCUGCAGCCAUGGACCUGGGGAACAAACGCUUCCAGCUGCAGCUGUGCACACGCCUCGCCACCAUCUACCACAACUUCCUGGUCGACCGUGAGCUCUCUCUCUUCUUCUACCAGAAGGCCCGAGCGUUCGCCGCAGAGCUGAACGUCAGGAGGGUGAACAUCUCUCCAGAUCAGACACAGAGCAGCUCAGUGGUAAAAAUCGCCAUGCAGUGAGAGGAAACGCCACGAGAAGAACAAAGGGAGAGAGCUGUAUUCUUCUUUGGUACUAAAAUAAGGUUUUAAUUCUUGAAGGAAAGUCUGAAAAAACUUUAUUGGAUGGAAUUUAACUGCUGAUCAUCUCUGUUGAAAAUGGAGGCGUCGAAGGACUUUUAGAAAGUGCAGUUAAUCACAGUUUUGGUCAUUAAUCACAGUGAUUGCUUUUUAAUUGCACUUUGCUGCUCUGAUACUAUGGUGCACCUAUGAUGAACAUGGAGCUGAUGUGGCUGGACGUUAACUGCAUGUCUGUAAACACGUUUAACCCUGACAGCUGAGACCAACCUCUGCUGUUCACUCAGGUCUGUUCAUCAAUAAAAACAGGCCUUACAGAUGUCUGAUAGAUGUCACUGACUGUUCUUCUCUAGAUGCUUCCAUGAUUAGCCUGCUCCACUUUGUCAGACAGGUUCUACCUAAGCCACGGAUGGCAAACUCAAGGCCCGGGGGACAAAUGCGGCCUGCGGUGCAGUUUUACCCGGUCCACAAGAUCAUAUCUGAAUUAGCACUGGCCUGCUGCUAUGAGGUCUGCAGAUUUCAUCCAGUAAAACAAUGUAAACUUUACCUCAAAGACUGAAGAAAGCCUUGUUCAUUUCUAAAAACCUGAAAAAGUAGAG